AGUAGCCAAAUUCUCUAAAGAUCGUAUCAUGAGGCGUUCCCUCUAAGCAAACCUCCACCACCAUCCCCAUUAAUCAUUUCCUUCACCUUCCCAAUUCCUUUUCUUUUAAUCCCACGUACUGCUUCUAUUCCAAAGUCCAAACCAACAGUUUCCCAAUGCCUGCUCUGGUUUCCGUUCAAACUCCUCCACCCAACGCGACGCCAUUGCGAGUUCUCCUAGCCGCAACUGAAAAUGGCGGCGGCUCCAGGCGAACUCCAUCUCCAUCACUUUCCGUUUCACGUACCAAGCUAAUGAAAAGAACCCCGGAUAAACUCGGAAUCGAUGAGUCCUCUCUGGAAAACCGGGAUCUGGGUCCUUUUCUCCUCAAGGUCGCUCGAGACACAAUCGCUUCCGGGGAUAACCCGAACAAGGCUUUGGAUUACGCCAUCCGAGCCUCGAAAUCAUUCGAAAGGUGCUCGGGUCCUGGGGUGGAGCUGGCGAUGAGCUUGCACGUGGUGGCGGCGAUUUAUAGCAGCUUGGGGAGGUUUGAGGAAGCGGUUCCGGUUUUGGAGCGGUCGAUUGAAGUGACGGAUGAUGCACUGGCGAGGUUUUCCGGGUGUAUGCAGUUAGGGGACACGUACUCGAUGAUGGGUCGAUUGGACCGGUCCAUUCACUGCUAUGAAUCAGGAUUGAGGAUCCAGAUUGAAGCUCUCGGGGAUUCGGAUCCUAGAUUUGCCGAGACUUGCAGAUAUUUAGCUGAGGCCCAUGUUCAAUCUAUGCAACUUGACGAGGCAGAAAAGCUCUGCAAGAAAACCCUUGAAAUCCACAAGGAGCACAGUGCACCAGCUUCCCUUGAAGAAGCAGCUGACCGCAGGCUAAUGGCCCUUGUAUGUGAGGCCAAGGGAGACUAUGAUUCUGCCCUCGAGCACCUUGUCCUGGCUAGCAUGUCCAUGAUUGCUAAUGGUCAAGAAAACGAAGUGGCCGCUAUCGAUGUUAGCAUCGGCAACAUUUAUCUCUCCAUUUGCAGAUAUGACGAGGCAAUCUUUGCCUAUCAGAAGGCACUCACGGUAUUCAAGUCCACAAAAGGAGAAAGCCACCCUUCCGUGGCAUCCGUCUUUGUUCGGCUUGCCGAUCUAUACUACAAGACCGGCAAGCUAAGGGAAUCCAAAUCUUACUGUGAGAAUGCUUUGAGAAUAUAUGCAAAGCCUGUCCCCGGUACUACAUCAGAGGAGAUUGCCAGUGGAUUGACUGAAGUCUCAGCCAUCUAUGAAUCUUUGGAAGAGACUGAAGAGGCUUUGAGGCUCCUUCAGAAGGCUGUCAAGUUACUUGCAGACACCCCAGGCAACAGAAGCACCAUUGCAGGAAUCGAAGCACAGAUGGGCUUGAUGUUCUACAUGGUCGGGAGAUACGGGGCUCGAAUCUCUUUUGAGAAUGCCGUGGCAAAGCUCCGUGCAAGUGGGGAGAGUAAAUCAGCUUUCUUCGGAAUUUUAUUGAACCAAGUGGGACUAGCAAGUGUGCAACUCUACAGAAUAGACGAGGCAGUCGAGUUAUUCGAAGAGGCAAGAAAGAUAUUGGAACAGGAAUGCGGCCCAUGUCACUUAGAGACUCUUGGAGUUUAUAGCAACCUUGCUGCCACCUACGAUGCCAUUGGAAGGGUGGAAGAUGCAAUUGCGAUAUUGGAGUACAUCCUUAAAAUGAGAGAAGAAAAGCAUGGAACAUCAAAUUUGGAGGUCGACGACGAAAGGAAAAGGCUAGCCGAGCUCCAGAAAGAAGCGGGAAGGAUGAGGAGCGGAAAAGGGAAAUCACUUGAAAAUCUUCUUGAUGCCAGAGGUGGUACCAAGAAGGAGAGUGCAAAGAAGUGGUCAACUUUUGGUUUUAGGUCUUGAAUGAAUCAAGCAAGCAAGCAUGGAAGUUGCUCUCCAUACUCUGCACUUAUAAGUAUUUAACAUUGAAAAUCAGCUACAUCCGCUCAAUUAUAUGGACCCUUCGUGCAUAUAUAUGUG